AUGGCGUACGGUAGCAACAGCAACAGCAGCAGUAGUAGCGGCAGCUAUGCGAGUCGACCAUCGCGUCUUUCUCGGAUCGAUCUGGGCGCCAACGACGACGGCGACCUCGACUACUCCGAACAAGCAGGUCCGAGCAACCGUUCGCGCCACAUACCUUCAGAACGAGCAUUUCACAGCUCAAGCAGCACACGCCAGACGCAUGAGGCCGGCCUGUAUUACGACCGCGAUACCACGUUACGUUCAUCGCGCACUCGAUACGAGCCAGCUUGUCGUCCGCCAAUUCGUCCUCGUAGCCGAUCAGCUUCGCCUCAACCAGACGCAGACGUCCUCGCCUACAUCCGCGCCCAAAAGGAACAGGACACGUCCAAAUCCAACCAUGAGCUCGAGCUGGUAGAACACCUGAAAAGGGAAAAGUUCCAGCAUGGCGCAGGUAAACUCAAAUCGCGCGCACACAAGGAAAGGGAGGCAGAGCAGAGGAAGAAGAAACAGGCACAAGAGGAUGCUGCUAAAGCGUACAAUGACUUUGUUGCUGCCAUGCGCGCAGAUGAUGAGCGGGAUGCAGAAGAGAUAGAUGGUAGCUCGGCGGCGCAAAACGUUGGUCGGAAGAAAUCAAUGGGAUUUGUGGCUGCUGGAGGUAAGGCUUAUGUCGGGUCAAGAACGGACUCGGCCCAAUCUAAGCCGAUCACGGUUCCAGAGCAAGAAACACGGCAAACAGAAUCAAGACCAACCGUACCGCUAAAACGAGUGAGUACUGCCUUUAGCGACGAUUCAAGCGAUGACAAAGUCGGCACCAACACCACUGCGCAUGCGCACAAAGAGCCCCCGCAACGUAAACGUCACCAAGCCAUGUCGACCUUUCUCACGCAACUCCAAACUGAACAGGCCGAACGAGAAUCUCGACUGUCAGACCUCGCCUCGUCCACCAACGUCUCCAUCUCGACAUUGCUUGCGCAUGAGACGCUUUCCAAACCCGGAUCGCGACAACUCACCUCGGACCCGCUCUCCACUAACAUCUGCAUCCUCUCGCUACCGCCCAACGUCGACGAACGCAGUAUGGGCGAGUUCUUUGCUGCGUGGGGAGAUGUUGCGACGGUCAAGAUCAUGUGGCCGAGAGGCGAGCAGAGGGAAAGGCUGGCUGGCUUGACCGGCUUUGUAGCGUUCAUGAAGAGGGGUGAGGCCGAGUACGCUUUCAAGCAGGCAGAUGGGGCUAUGUGGGGUGGAGUUAGGAUCAAGUUGAGUUGGGGCAAGGCGAUGCCAUUGCCGAAUCGGGCUAUGUAUCCCAUGUUCAGCGAGCACAGGGCCGACAGGCAGACCGAGGAUCACAGAUCAGGUGCCAACUCGUCGCGUACGAACAGUGCUAUUCCACACCUCAUCAUUCGUCAUCGAACAGCCGGUGCAAGCACCGAAGACCAGAGGCAAAAGAUUCGAGAUCAAGUGCACAACCAGUACCCGGAGAUGCAGCGGCAGUUGAUCGAAACCGUAGCAUCCAGGAUUCGAAGCAACGGUGCGCAUUUCGAACAUAUCUUGCGAGAGCGCGAAGCCGAGAAUGCGCAAUUUGCGUUUUUGUUCGAACCGGAUUCGGUGCUGCAUCACUACUUUCGCAUUUGCUUGGACGCGCACUAUGUGGUCCCUGCACGCGAGGAGCCAUUUGGCGACCAAGGGAGUGAUGAACUCUACUCGACCGAUUCAGGUGAGGAAUCCGAGACGCGACGAUGUGCUUCUGCCAGGUCCACCACCUUGGGUGUGCCACUGGCGCCGCUUGCUCAGCGUCGUUUCCACUCGAUGCUGCGCAGUCUCACAUUGCGUCGAGAACGUAUAGCGCGAAUCACAGCGUUUGCGCUUGACCACGCUACCAGCUACACCUCGAUCGUCUCGAUCCUCAUCAGCUCGCUCCUACAAGCUCGUACACCGAUCCCGCGCAAACUAGCGCGACUCUACGCAAUCAGUGAUAUCCUUCACAACGCCGGUUCGCCCAUCUCCAACGCUUGGCGCUACAGAGCCGCUUUGGAAUCUCAACUACCGCUCGUGUUUGCUCAUCUGGGACAAGUCGCAACGUGUUUCGAGGGUCGCAUGAGGAGGGAAGAGUUCAAGGCCAAAGUGGUCGCAUUGCUCGAUAUCUGGGACGGAUGGAUUGUUUUGAGUCCGCAUGUGUUGGCGAGGUUGAGGAGCGUUUUUCAUCGCCCUCCAGUGGUCGGUGCAGCAAAGGUGCCAGAGGACAAGAUACAACAGGAACAUGUGGAUGGUGAAGCGCUCAACUCGAACGCAUCGCAUGCUGCGGCCGAGUGUAUGUCGUCGACCGUCAUGGAUGGCGAGGAAGAUGUAGACGGAGAAGCACUUUGA